UUCGUUGCGUCAGAGCAAGUGUCACUAUGGUGACGGUGGAAACCCAAACCAGCCUGUCAGCCUGUCAGCCUGUCACAAUAAGAAAAGACGACAGGUUGUUGGACCUUAAAAAUACAGUAAGAGUUCCAAAGAAAGUACACAGAAGCCCCCCUAAGCCAUAUCAGAUGUCUGCCUCCUCCACCACCCCCUCUGUCCUCCUGAACACGGGGGUUCAGAUGCCCCUUCUGGGUCUGGGAACCUACAAGGUGCUGUCUGCUGAAGAUGUAGACAAGGCUGUGGAUGCAGCUCUACUGGCUGGUUACCGGGCCUUUGAUAGUGCAGCCGUGUACCAGAAUGAAGCUGAAUUUGGGAGAGCUCUCAAGGAGCUCCUGCCCAAACAUGGAUUAACCAGAGAGGAUGUGUUCAUAACCAGCAAGCUGGACCCAAAGGAUCAGGGUAAGAGAGCCAUGGAAGGAGCCCUUAAUAGCCUCUCUCGGCUGGAUUUGGGUUACAUUGACCUCUACUUAAUCCACUGGCCAGGCACACUGGGUCUUGAUGCCACUGACCAACGCAACCGAGGCGACAGAGCUCAGAGUUGGGUCACACUGGAGGAGCUGCAUGCCCAGGGGAAGCUGAGGGCCAUAGGAGUGUCCAACUACACACCAGCACACAUGAAGGAGCUGAUGCAGAGCUGCAAAACUCCUCCUGCAGUGCUACAGGUGGAGUUUCACCCGCAGCUGUGCCAGAAAGAGCUGAGGAGUGUGUGCAAAGAGUUUGGAGUGUGUUUCCAAGCAUACUCUUCCUUGGGAAAAGGGCAGCUAAUCCCUGAUCCUGUUGUCAUGGAGGUGGCAAAGAACUGUGGACGUACACCUGCACAGGUGCUUUUGCGCUGGGCUGUGCAGCAGGGGAUACCGGUGCUCCCCAAGUCUUCAAAUCCAGACAGAAUAAAGGACAAUGCCAGGAUUUUUGACUUUACACUGAGUGAUGCAGACAUGGAUAGACUUUUAGCUCUGGACUGUGGGCACAAGUACUGCAGGGACUCAGCACAAGUGGUUUGACUCAUCCGUAGUUGAGCACAGAUCGUCUUCCAUGACGUGUUUUUAGUGUCGCUGUUUUUUCAGUGUUCACUGGCAGUAAAUACUGGUGGGAAACUGCCACCCUAAAAAGUUGGAGCUUGGAUCACAUCAUCAAAUGACUUUUUAGUUGCCUGUAGUUGUGAAUUAGAAUUUACUAGGUUAGUGGAUGAAGAUUCAGGUUAACCUUUUGACUGAUAUAUUGUUGAGUUUACCUAAAAUUAGACUAUGAAAUUGCUCUGUUUAUUGUGUCUCAUGUCCCAUAAACAAUGAAAAACCUUUCUGUUGCCUGACCAAA